AACGAUCGGGAUUCAAGUACUCACAAUGCCACUCGAAUUCUCUGCCUCGCUCUUCCCGCUCUCACCGUCUCUACUUUUAAAACUCGGUAAGGUUGUCUGGUAUUAAAUAAAUAGGUUGCUCUCCAUGUCGGCCCAGAGAGGAAACCCCAGGCGUGUAAAGGUAGAAGGGAAAGCUACCAACGGGAAGCGUUGCCCAUUCCAGUGUUUUGACAAUGCGUGGUACGAAUGCUUCUUCACACAUCAUGAACUUACCGGCAAGGACGACAUCCCCGCUGUUGAUGCUAAAAAGAGCUGGGGUUGCAUCGACGACGAGCUGACAAUCUUCCUGGAUGUAUCCGACGACUUGGGAUCUCCAUGCGAAGCUGAUGAAGUUAAGGAGUACUGUGAAGGUUGCACAAGCCUCGAAGAACUUCAAACGGGUAUUGGAGAAGCCGGAACACGGCCAGCCGCCUGGAUCGAUGACCGAAAUAGCCCAAGUUUGGCAGGCAAAGGGAACGUGCGGAUGUGUGGAAAAUUGACUACAACUGGCUUACUGAGACACUUGAAGCAAUCGCGAUAUAAACUCGAGAAUAAGCCCGAUGCAGAACGGCGUCUCGUUUACAUCGAAAACUUAACCCCGGAGAUGAUCCUCGCCAUAGCAGCCACGACCCCAUAUCUUCAGGUCCCAGCAGUUCGAGAUGCUAUCUGCAAACAUGUAUCUUUUCGUCCCUCGAUCCAAGUCCAUGUUCCGUCGGAUGCAAAGGCUACCUUUCAAAUGGAAUUUCACAUUCCGUUCUUCGCGUUGCGAAAAGCCCCAAAAUCUGAUAACCAUCUUCUUUCGGACCGUGGGAAACGCCUGCGAAACUGGGAAGACGUGACCUUUCCGACACGAAACAAGGCAGGACCAGAAUGCCAAGAUAAUUAUCGUCUACACAAGGCACAGGUUUCUUGCGUUAUUCAUGGAUCUGAUGAGUGGCAGUGGACCGCUUGGGCUUUUGAGGACACUGAGUAUGAGAUGGAGGAAGGCGAUACCACGGAUAAGGACGCUGCAGUUUACGAUAAUGAAGUUGUAUUCGUAGAAGAUCCAAUUGCAUAUGGUCUCGACGCAAACAAGCCCAUUUGGAGACCACGGGAGUACUUCAUAAAGGCUUUAGAGAUCAGAAUAAAGAAGGUGAGGGAAGAGUGGGAUGAAUUGGUCUAUAUGCUACAGCUCGACAGAAAUGAAAACAAACAAUUGCAGUCAUUCACUUCGUCUAAAACUCUUCGAAACUCGUCUGGACGGACUGGAGAUAUGAACGCUUCUUUCCAGUGGACUCGUCAGAGGAUGGUCUUGGUGACUGAACUCCUCGGCGUACUUUUUGGCAUCAUCCACGAAUGGGAUACGUUCCUCUCUCAAGACGGGGAUUGGGGAUACUUCUCUGAUCUCGACAGAUUUCCAAGCAACUCACCCGAAUUUCGUGCAGCAGGACAAUCGCUGCGAAGCAUUAAGCGAGCUUUCAGGAGACUGGAAAAUAACCGGCAGAAGCUUCUUUCACUCAAAGAAACGUUAUCGAGUGAUCUCAGCACGCUGAAACUUUUAUUGUCUCUUGAGGGAAACGCGGCCACAGAAACCUCUGCAUUCAUGUCAAAGUUCACAAUUUGGGUAUUGUGUCCGUAUUCCUUAUCCGUAGGCAUGUUCUCAAUGCAACCAUCCGUGAUUCCUUUUGAGCUCACCUUUCGGUGGUUCGUAAUCACAAUGAUAAUUAUGGUGUCUGCAAUAUUCGUAAUCCAAUGGCUUAUGAAGAGAUGGACUUUGUGUCAUGGUCAAUUUCUCUUGACGAAGUUGAAGAAGGUGUUAGAACAACACCAUGCAGAAGUAAGUGGGGGUGUGGAACCUGCAUGUGGGUCUGAUGCCGUUUAGAUACUCAUCUGAACAGGGGUAGAACAGAUCUAGAUCGUGGUGUCGCAAUAGAGCAAGAAAAUUUUGGGACGGGGGUCUCUUCGAGCAGGGGAAAUGUCUCACCAGUAUAAUACUUUAACUGCGAUUUCACAUUGUACUUUAUACAAGGAGAAAACCUCCGUGAACAAAACUUCG